CCUCAGAUCAACAGCAACGGCUCAUAUUUGCUCUAGACGAUAGCGAAACAUAAUACUACAUCUGAGCGUGAAACCAGUGAGAUGCAGGCCACCAUCUCUCGGUCGACGAGACUUGGCAUUCCGAGGACGAUCCGAGCGGUUCUAGACGAACCUUCUUCGUCAACUACUACCGUUCACGGAUGGCUCAGGUCGAUACGGGCACACAAGAACGUAUCUUUCCUAGAAAUAUCGGAUGGGAGCUCUUCCAGAAACCUGCAGGCUGUGGUGAAGGGGUCGCCAAUGAAAGACCUCGAGGGUCUUGCACUGGGAAGCAGCCUGAUUUUGAAGGGAGAAAUGAAAGAGAGUCGUGGAGAUCAGCCUCAUGAGUUGUCCGUGAAGUCCAUCGAAGUUACGGGACAGUCAUCAGCGGCAUAUCCUAUCCAGAAGAAAUACGUACCACCAGACGUCCUACGCGAUCAUGCCCACCUACGGUUUCGGACCGCGAAGAACGGUGCUUUGGCACGAUUACGAGACGCAGCCAUGAGAGAGUGGCAUGAUCAUUUUGAGAAACAAGAAUACGUUCAUAUCCACACUCCGAUCAUGACCAGUUCUGACUGUGAAGGUGCUGGAGAAGCUUUCCGAAUCACUACGGAUCCUAUUACCCCUCCCUCUGCACCUUCAACACAAAAACACGACCCUUUCUUCCCGUCCCCCGCUUACCUCACUGUAUCCUCCCAACUCCACCUCGAGGCCCCGACACACGCACUUUCCCGGACGUACACCCUCUCGCCGACUUUCCGGGCUGAACCUUCUGCCACAUCACGGCACCUCGCCGAAUUCUACAUGCUCGAGGCCGAGUUGGCGUUUGUUGAAACGCUGGAUGACCUGAUGGAUACCUUGGAGACGGCAAUCAAGGACGUCUUGGGGGGCCGAAGGAUGACGAGGGCGAGGCGAGAUCAAGAGGUUAUUGCAAAGAGCUUGAUGGAGGACAAGGCAGAGACGCCGUCAGCGGACGAGGAAACCGAUCCAGUCGAACGGUCAGACAUGUUCGGAAGGAUAUCGGGUAGCGAACCUUUCGGCAGAGUCACAUAUACCGAAGCCGUCGAGAUCCUCAAAGAGAAGCACGUACAGACGCCAUUCGAUUUCCCACCCACCUGGGGCGCAGGGCUUCAAUCAGAGCACGAAAAGUACCUAGCUGGACAGGUUUACCGAGGACCGGUGUUUGUCACCAACUAUCCUCGAAGUCUCAAACCGUUUUAUAUGCGCCUCAACCCCAAAGAUCAUCUCGAUAGGGAAACGGUGGCAUGUUUUGACCUCCUCGUUCCAGGGAUUGGUGAACUGGCUGGUGGAUCGCUCCGUGAAGAACGUCUCGACCGCCUGAUCGAAUCGAUCGACAAGGCAAACAUGAAGCGGGAGGACUACGAAUGGUACCUCGACAUGCGACGAUUCGGGUCCGUCAAGCACGGCGGUUGGGGCAUGGGAUUCGACAGGUUCAUGUGCUGGCUUACGGGGAUCGGCAACGUACGAGACGUCGUCGCUUUCCCCCGUUGGAAGGGACAUUGCAAGUACUAGACAGAGCUGCUACCUCGUGUUCGAUCUUCGUAUGCGUAUGUAAUCUAUAAUACAGUGGUGAUAU